AUGAGCAAAGGCCCAAAGCCUGAGACGCAAACCAGUACCUUGGGGCCCAAGGACACAGAGGCCCAGGUCGGCAGCCCGAGCACGGACGCCGGUGCAGUGGUCUGCAGGGCCAGGGAGCUAGGUACGGGGGAUGCCCGGUGGGCCCCCCGUGCCCGAGGGGAACGUCGGAGGCACACCAUCACCAAUGGUGUGGACUGUGACCUGCUGAAGCAGAUGAAGGAGCUGGAGCAGGAACAGGAGGUGCUGCUGCAGGGUCUGGAGAUGAUGGCGCGGGGCCGCGAGUGGUACCAGCAGCAGCUGCAGCGUGUGCAGGAACGCCAGCGUCGCCUGGGCCAAAGCAGGGCCAGCGCUGACUUUGGGGCUGAGGGGAGUCCCCGCCUGCUGGGGCAGCUGCUGCCCAAGGUCCAGGAGGUGGCCCGGUGCCUGGGGGAUCUGCUGGCUACGGCCUGUGCUGGCAGGGCCCUGCCCUCAUCCUCCUCGGGGGCCCCGUGCCCCACCCUGGCCCCUGCCUCGCCCUCCGCCCUAGGCUGGCAGCAGCAGACUAUUCUCAUGCUGAAAGAGCAGAACAGGCUUCUCACCCAGGAGGUGACGGACAAGAGCGAACGCAUCACACAGCUGGAGCAGGAGAAGUCUGCCCUUAUCAAGCAGCUGUUUGAGGCUCGCGCCCUCAGCCAGCAGGAUGCUGGGCCUCUGGACUCCACAUUCAUCUAGCCGGGCACCAGCCCAGACACGGGGCCUUGCAGCCUGGCCUGGCCCUCAGCCCCGGGCAGGCACUUCCUUGAGCCCCACCUCUCAGGCUGAAGGCACCUGGCCAGCCUGGACACCACCCUCCCUCUUCCCUUCCAAUCUAGGCUGCCCCAGGGCCUUCCUCAGGCCUCCCCCAACCCCAGCGCCCAGAACUAACUCCAUCCUGGUCAUCGGGGGAGGGGGGCUGACCUGGGGUGGAACUCCAUCGUGCCAGCACAGCCUGAAGCUGCUACUGUCACUGUCAGUGGACAGUGGCACCCCCUCAUGUUUACCUGAGCUCAGGCAAUCCUGGGCACCUGCCCGGGUGUUUUCAGCUGGCCUGUCUCCCUUCCCACCUGGAGUCUCCAGCACUCGUCACAUUAGGCUGCACUUCCAAGAGCGGCCAGCAGAGAGCGCUACAUGCACCGGUCACUGUGGCCCUAACGCCCCCACGGUGGUGUCUCAGAUGGGGCCUGCAGUAGGGGGCCCAGCAGGUGAUUGGCUCCGGGGGCCCAAGAGCAUCUUCCUUCCCUAAAAACUAAGGGUCUGUCCCUCAGCCAGGAGCAGAUGGAGGGUAGCCUCUAAGAGGGGUUCUACUUGCAUCCAGUUCCAGGGGAGCCCCCAGGGGUGGUGUUCUGGAUUCGUGCCUGGACCAAGUUUGGCCUGAUUGCGCCUCCCCACAGACCUCGAAUGCUAAACAAACUUGGGUUAGCUGUCAUCCCUCCUGGCCAAGACCACUGAGCAAUCUGUGACCCAGGUGCAGAGUCUUGGGCCUGCCAGGUGAGCUGGCCAGGGCAGACUAUGGUCACCAAGUAGGCUCAAGUGUGCCCUUCCAUGGGCCGGGCGCUGUCUCCAGAAAGUGUGUCAACCUGGGCCCCCCAGACACGCCUCAAGGGGCCUCAUGGGCUGAGCAGGACCUCCCUAGUGACCAGAUUCAAGGUUCCCCAAGUAUGGGGACCUGCCACCCCCUCCACCCUGCCACCCCCAGCUUGGCCUUGGCUCUGGGCCCCAGGAAAGGGACCCACAGGACAUAGGAAGAGGCUGGCUGCCGGUCCCAUCAGGAGUCAUUCCCUGUGCCCAGCGCCAGGCCUGCUCUAGGGGGGACGCCCUGCUCAGCUGGGCCUGCUAACAGCACCUCCACCGCCGCCCCCCUCAAGCCAAGGGCACAAUGACAUUACAGGCAGGCUGAGUGGUCGAGAGUCCUGGAUAUGGUGUGGGCAUAUUUGGGGACCUGGGGACUGAAGAGGUUGUGUGCAUGGCCUCCCAUGGCCCCGGAGGGCAGGCUGACCAUGGAGGAGGGGUCCAGGGUGCAGGGCAGCCGCUCUGUGCCAGGCCAGCAGCAACCUGGCUGGAGCUGCUCCCCACGGCGCUCAGGGCUGGCGGGGGAUGGACGCUUGUCCCCAGUCAGGCCCAGCCCUUCUCAGAGGAAAGGGGUGGGUUCUCCUGGGGACCAUGCGCCCUUUGACCUAGACCUCUUGGGCAGGUUCCCUGGGAUGGGAGGCAGGAAAGGGAGCUGGUCCUGAAGGACCAGACCUGGCCUCCAGCUCCCAAGCAGACUCGUGGUGCAGCGGCUAGACCGGUGCCCACUGAGGAGAGGUCUGCCCUCCAUCAGGCUACCCAGCUGGGGCUUGCCCACCAGGACCUUCCUGAGGCCAUCCAGUCCUGAUUCUUGGAUCGCUCCCUACUUCCAUCCCAUGGCCAGUCCCCCCACUGGCACGGGGAGUCCCUCUGCCUGCACGUGCUCCCAGCACAGCCCUUGUCAAUCCCAGAACGGAAAAUGGCCCCCUCCCCUGCUCCUCAUCCCUCAUUCACCCCCUCAGGACUCAAGGCAGACCCAGGCCCCAAGCAGGGUUCAGCCUCCACGGCCCCCACCCUGCAGCCCUGCCGGCAGCCGGGUCCUCCCACCUCUGGGCUUUGCACGGUUGUCCCUGUCCUGGAGCGCCGCUCCUGGCUAUGCCUGGCUGGCUCCUGCCCAGCCCUCCAGCACAGAUGCAGGGUGAACGAGCCUGCAGAGGCCAAAACAGCAAAGGCGGCAACCUUGGGCAAGUGGCCGAGGUGGCCAAGACGCAGUGUCUGCUCGGGGCGACUGUCUUCAGUAGACCUCCCACUGAAAGUGGAGCCUGCGGCCUCAGGUGGAGUAAACCUGAGACUCAGGGAGAGGCUGCUCGUGGCGUUGGCACUCUGCGCAGGGCGGGAAGUGCACCCUCUGCCUGCAGCCUGGAAUCUAGGCUGCCUGUGUGGCCCCAGAGACCUCAAGGGGAGAACAGUAAGUGGUCCCAGGUUGGCAGGGGCCAGGUGGCCGACAGAAGCACAACACAUCCACGCUACAGCAGUGUUUCUUAGCUGCACAUGGGGGACGUUUGGGGCCGGGUGAGUUGAGGGAGUGGUCUGUGCACUGUGGGAUGGUUAGCAGUGUCCCCAGCCUCUGUCCGCUAGAUGCCAGCAACACACACACACACACACACACACACACACACACUCAGCUCUGAUGACCAAAAUGUCUCGGGGUGUUGCCAAUGCCCAGACGUGGCGGUAGGGCAAAGUCAGCCUUGGCUGAGCAUCUCUGCUCCAGAGCAGUGCAGCUCUGCCAGGCCUCAAGGAUUUCCUGUCGACCGAGCCCCAGGAGGAUGAGCAUCUCCAGGUUAAAAUCCUUUUCACAGACACCACAAGGAAAGGAUCUACCAUGAAAGCCAGCCGGAACAACAGACUCUGAAGCCAUGUCGGAUAUUGGAAUAAUCAGACAGUGGAUAUAAAGUAAUCGUUUUGUACAACUGAAUAAAAGACAUCCUUGAAAACAUGAA